AAACGUGACAUGUCGAGAAAGAGAGAGAUGAGCUCUCUCCCGAGAAAGUUCGUCAUAACUUUAGCAGAAGAGAGAGAAAGAGAGAGUCGUAAAAGCUGUGGACUUCACAUUAACGAUCACAAAAGCUUUUUAGUCUUUGAAGUAAAAAUUUGUGUUCUUUGUUCGUAAAACAAUCUGAUUUUAUCUUCUAGUACAAGCUGCACUAAAAUGGGUCUUGCUUCUCAAGAAGCAAUCAAUCAGUUCAAGGCGUUAAUGGACCAAGUUGACGAGCCUCUAAAAAGAACAUUCAAGAAUGUUCAUCAGGGAUAUAUAGUUGAAACCUUGGAGCGAUUUCUCAAAGCAAGAGAGGGGAAUGUUACCAAAGCCCACAAAAUGUUGGUAGAUAGCUUAAACUGGAGGCUGCAAAAUGGGAUAGAUGAGAUUUUAGCUAAACCGAUUAUUCCAACUAAUUUCUACAGAGGAGUGCGUGAUUCACAGCUGAUAGGAGUGUCUGGUUACACGAGAGAGGGGCUUCCAGUGUUUGCUAUUGGGGCAGGUCUCAGCACAUUUGACAAAGCAUCUAUCCAUUAUUACGUGCAAUCACACAUUCAAAUUAAUGAAUAUCGCGAUCGUGUGAUUUUGCCAACUGCAACAAAAAAGAAUGGAAAAUAUAUUGGCAAGUGUGUCAAGGUUUUAGAUAUGAGUGGCCUAAAACUAUCAGCAUUGAACCAGAUAAAGCUGCUGACAACAAUCUCAACUGUUGAUGAUCUUAACUACCCAGAGAAGACAAUUACAUAUUAUAUAGUAAAUGUUCCAUACGUAUUCUCCGCUUGUUGGAAGGUUGUGAAACCACUUCUGCAAGAACGAACAAAGUUAAAAGUUCAGGUGUUGCAAGGCAAUGGUCGCGAGGAGCUUUUGAAGAUAAUGGACUAUCCAUCCCUGCCCCAUUUCUGCAGAAGGUCAGGGUCAGGGUCAAGCUCAGGGUCAGGGUCAGACAUUACUUCUGACUGCUACUCAUUAGAUCAUCCUUUUCAUCAAGAACUUUACAGCUACAUGAAGCAGCUCUCAGGUGUUCAUGAGCCAAAAGAAGCUGCAAAACAAGGAUCAGUGCAUGUGGAAGUGCCCUUGGGAGACCCUGAAAAUGAAGAGAUACACAAAACACUUGAAUCCGAAUUGAAGAAGCUUCGAAACCGUAAAAGUCUCUCUGGGUCCUUUCAGAAUUCCAAGAUUGCCGAUUAAGGUAGGUAUUUGCAAUAGAGAUGCUUCAGCAAUGGAUAUAUAUUAAAUAUCUCAUCAUCCUAUUGCUUCUGCUUGUAUUGCUCAAAAGUUUGUUUUCAUGUAUGUAUAUUAUUAAUAUGGGGCAUUUUAAGUUCUAGUUAUGUUGCUUGGAUCUUUAUAUAUCUUGUAACAAUCACCUAAAUGGUACUUUUCACCUUUGGGCUAGUGGU